CACCUGGAUGACAAAAAAAAAAAAAAAAUCAUUCACACCUGAGAGUAAGAACUGAGAAGAAGCAAUGGAGAAGAUAGAGCACACGACGGUUUCUACCAAUGGCAUAAACAUGCAUGUGGCUUCGAUUGGUUCAGGUCCAGUGAUCCUCUUCCUCCAUGGAUUUCCCGAUCUCUGGUACUCAUGGCGUCACCAGCUUCUCUCUUUCGCCGCCUUAGGUUACCGCGCAAUCGCUCCAGAUCUCCGCGGUUACGGCGAUUCCGAUGCGCCGCCGUCUCGUGAAUCUUACACUAUCCUUCAUAUCGUCGGAGACCUCGUCGGAUUACUGAAUUCACUCGGUGUUGAUCGGGUUUUCCUCGUCGGUCACGAUUGGGGAGCAAUUGUUGCGUGGUGGCUCUGUAUGAUCAGGCCUGAUCGAGUCAACGCGUUGGUCAACACUAGCGUUGUGUUUAAUCCGAGGAAUCCUUCGGUGAAACCUGUUGAUGCGUUUAGGGCUUUGUUUGGCGAUGAUUACUACAUCUGCAGGUUUCAGGAGCCUGGAGAAAUCGAAGAGGACUUUGCUCAAGUUGAUACAAAGAAGUUAAUAACCAGAUUUUUCAUUUCGCGUAACCCACGUCCACCUUGCAUUCCAAAGUCAGUUGGUUUCAGAGGUUUACCUGAUCCACCUUCUUUGCCUGCUUGGCUCACUGAAGAAGAUGUCAGUUUCUACGGAGACAAGUUUAGCCAAAAAGGCUUCACCGGUGGACUAAACUACUAUCGCGCCCUGAACCUAAGCUGGGAACUAACGGCUCCAUGGGCCGGUCUACAAAUCAAGGUCCCUGUGAAAUUCAUAGUGGGUGAUCUAGACAUAACAUACAAUAUCCCCGGAACGAAGGAAUACAUACAUGAAGGUGGUUUGAAGAAGCACGUACCGUUUCUACAAGAAGUGGUGGUAUUGGAAGGUGUGGGUCACUUCCUCCAUCAAGAGAAGCCUGACGAGAUCACAGACCAUAUCUAUGGCUUCUUCAAGAAAUUCAGAACCCGCGAAACUGCAUCCUUGUAGUAGUUCUCUGUCUGCACAAUGUCAAAUUCAAGGUAGUCAAGGUUACUUGCUGUCUAUACUUGGUCUGUGCCUACUUUGUAAUAUUUUGAAGGAUGCUGUGUGUAUUUUUACUUGUUUAAUAAUUUAGAAAAAUAUAAUAGAACAACUAGUAGUAUUAUAUA